CAGGAACAACCUACGGGAGAGGAGCUGCUCAGGAGCAGUCACACCCCCAGGGGCAGGAGGAGCUAGGGCGAGACGAGAGAGUGUAGUGGGGCUGAUAGAUUGCAGGGCACAGCACCAGGUAGGAAGCGGUCUUCGGAUGGGGAUACAGACAGCCCCUGCACCAGGGGGCUGCGGCUAGAAUAACGCCGCCCCGCAGCAGCUGGAGCAAUAGCGCCUCCCCCAUGACCACCCGAGCUCGACUCCUCCUCGUCCUACGUCAGGGCAGCUUGGGGUGGAGCUGGCCCCGAUUGCUGCGUCUGCGCGUUUCGGGAGGAGGCCUCGCGACUCGUGUGUCCUCGCAGGGGUCUGUCGCGUACCCAGUCUGGGCCCGAGCGGAGCGCAGCCCGCACCGGACAGAAUAUGGAUUCCCAAAAGGAAGUUCAGCCUCCAAAGCAACAGCCAAUGAUUUACAUUUGUGGAGAAUGUCACACAGAAAAUGAAAUAAAAGCAAGAGAUCCUAUCAGGUGUCGAGAAUGUGGGUACAGAAUAAUGUACAAGAAAAGAACAAAAAGAUUGGUUGUCUUUGAUGCUCGGUAAUGGGAAUUCAAGAUGUAGCUGUUUUGGCCUGGUUCGUUUUAGUAUACUGAUAACUUUGGUUUGUAUACACAUCUGUUGUGGAGAAAUAUAUACUUUUCAUUCUGAUAUCAGUUGUAAAUUAUUCAAGUAGUUAAAUAAAGUUUUUAAUAUCAAAUA